GUGCGUAUAUUUAUAUAUUCUCAUGUAUUAUAUAUAUUGGAGCAACUACUUUACUAUUCCUUGACUCUACUGUCGAAUGUCAAAUGCUUUGACAUAUAACAUUUAUAUUAAUUAUAUAUCUUAAAUUAAAAAUACGAAAAACAUACAUAGAUAAACAGAAGUAAGCAAAAAUGCUUCGCGGAUACGAGGGUGUAAGAUAUAUCUCGGAUAAGCAAAUGGUAGUGUUUGAUAUCGGUAGUGCGUAUACAAAGUUUGGUUACGCAGGAGAAGCAUCUCCACGUGGUAUUAUUCGAACGGAAGUGAGAUGUCCAGAGUCAAAAAAGAUACGUAAAAUCAUUGAUCAUAAAGAUGUCGAAGACCUAUACCAAUUUCUUGUAGAAUUUCUUCAUUUAUUGUUUUUUAAAUAUGUUGUAGUAAGUCCAAAAGAUGCAAGAAUAUUGGUUUUGGAAUCUCCAUUGGCAAUAACAUCGUUCAGAGAUACUCUCGCAAAAGUAAUGUUCAGGCAUUUCGAAAUUGGUUCUAUACUGUUUCUGCCGAGUCAUUUAGCAACAAUCAGCACUCUCAGUAUUGAUACAGCAUUGGUAUUGGAUGUUGGAUAUCAGGAAGCAACUCUAAUUCCAAUCUUUGAAGGAAUACCAAUACUUAAAGCUUGGCAGGCAUUACCUCUAGCUGGACAAAUUAUACAUGAAAAUUUGAGAAAAUAUUUUCAAGAUACAGCAGACAAUUUAGAUUUACCAGAAAAGACUUUGGAGGACAUUAAAGUAAGAACAUGUUUUGUAACUACAUUAGAAAGAUCUACAAAGCUAGGAAUGGAAGAUGCUCCGAUUCCACCUCCUGACGUCACGUAUCCUGGUGUUAGAAGAAUUUUGAUACCUGGAGAGAUUAGAGAAAAAGCGUUCGAAAUAUUAUGGGAAAGAGAUAAUGACAAUCUUUCUUUGCCUACUAUGAUACUCGAUGCUAUCAUUAAGUGCCCAUUGGAUACAAGACGAGUGUUGGCAGAAAAUAUAAUACUUAUCGGAGGAACAACCAUGACAAAAGGCUUCGCGAGUCGUUUAAAGUCGGAAUUAUUAGCUUUAACUGAAAGCGAUUUAUAUAAAACUAAACUAAAGAUACAAUCAUUCAAAUUCCAUACAGCGCCUAGUAAACCGAAUUAUACCGCAUGGUUAGGGGGUGCUAUUUUUGGUACGACAGAUUUACCAUUACGCUGUUUGACAAAAGAAGUAUAUUUGAAAACGAAUCGAGUUCCCGACUGGUCUAAUCUCAUAGAUAAUCAAAAGGAUGAAACAUCUUAUGAAAUAUGAAUAAGUAAAUAAGUUUGUCAUAUUAUUUAAUAAUUUUAAAACUUUAAAAUUGUAAAAAAGCAAGUAAUGAUUAUCUUUAAUAUUAAAAGAAUUUAUUUA